UAUCCAGGUUGCUGCUGCUACGGAUCAACCAUUGCAGUAUUUUGUUUUGGUAGAGCAGUUUGACGAUCGAAAAUGUCUGGAAGAGGCAAAACUGGAGCAAAGGCCCGCGCAAAGGCCAAGACCCGCAGCUCCCGCGCUGGUCUGCAGUUCCCCGUCGGCCGUGUUCACCGUCUUCUCCGUAAGGGUAACUACGCAGAGAGAGUGGGCGCCGGGGCUCCCGUGUACCUGGCCGCUGUGCUGGAGUACCUCACGGCUGAGAUCCUGGAGCUGGCUGGUAACGCCGCCAGGGACAACAAGAAGACCCGUAUCAUCCCUCGUCACCUCCAGCUGGCUGUCCGCAAUGACGAGGAGUUGAACAAACUUCUCGGCGGUGUCACCAUCGCCCAAGGCGGUGUCCUGCCCAACAUCCAGGCCGUCCUGCUGCCCAAGAAGACCGGCCAGUCUGCACCGAGCUCCGGCAAGGCGGGAAAGAAGGCCUCUUCUCAGUCUCAGGAGUAUUAGCUUGCAGGCUAAUAACUUUCAUCCCAAAAGGCCCUUUUAAGGGCCACCCACUUCUCAUUGAAAGAGCAACUUAUUCUAUUAACCGCUGUAUUGUUGCACUUUUCGCAUGAUUUUUUAAUUUAAUAAACGCUUGUUUC